AUGAACUCAAUCAACAUCGCUUCGAUCGUCGACAACAUCGUGAAGAAGGCCGACCUCCGGAAGGCACAGAAGGUCGCGUUGGACAGAUGGGAGGCACGUCUUCAACUUCUGAAGACGUGCAACCAACAAGUUAAAGAGGAGUUCGACAAAUUGGCGUUUUAUGUGAGUUUUGUACAGCAUUUUCCAAUAAUGAGUUUCUAAAUGAGACCCUUGAGUAGUAAGAAAAGUGAGCUUUUAGAACUAAUGAAUAAAAUAAAUAAGGGUCUUCGAAAGCCAAAAAAAAAUUCAGUGUAUUUUUUUCUAAAUUUCUUCUAAUCUAAAAAAAUAAGAGGUUUCGUGCAAGUUUUAAGUUCAAAAAACCUUUUGGAAAAUUUUGAAAUAAUGUGCAAUGAAACUACAAAAGCAUAGAGAACUUAAUUUUUUUAAUAUUUUUAUUUUUUUCAGUUUGAGCUGACGUUGAAAAAUGCGAGGCGUCUACAAUUUCACUUCUACCGACGCUCGAUGGAUGAUAGUGAGUUUUUUUUUUUUUACUCAACGAAUUUCAACCUUUUGGACAGCAUUAAAAAAACGCUAACUAACUUCUAAACCAUCAAAAAAGUUCCAGAGGACUUCUGAAGACAUCCUGAAGACGUCGCACAGUCUAAAAGCUUUUUAG